CAAACCAUUCCAAUCCCAUCAAUCUCUUCACCUCUAAUAUGUGUUUGUUUUGUACUCUUUCUUUCAUUCAUCUCUCAAAACCUCAUACCUUAUUUAUCAUCUCCCCCUUUACUAGCCUUUUCUUCCCCCUUUUUUCCCCAUCUUUUGUAGCUAGGUCUUUUCAACUCUCUUCCUAGCUACUAGUAUUUCAUAACAUGAUGAACAUUACACAUAUUUCUUGAUUUUGACUUAUCCUUUUACUUCAGAGCUCGUCCUUGAUCCGCCUCUUAAUUCUUCGAUCCGUAUUUUCUGAGUUAAAAAGAAAAAAAAACUUAUAAGAAAUGUCACUUGACAUGACAUAUUCAUCUUCCUCAGAACGUGUUUGCUAUGUUCAUUGCAACUUCUGCAGCACAAUUCUUGCGGUUAGCAUUCCAUGCAACAGUAUGAUGACAAUAGUGACAGUAAGGUGUGGACACUGCGCAAAUUUGCUUUCUGUUAAUAUUGCACCUUCCCUUCAGUCUCUCCCCAUUCAAGAUUUACAGCAGAGACAAAAUGAGUCAAGUAUUGAAGAUGGGAUGAGUAGAGGUUAUGGGUCAUCAUCCUCUUCUACAAAUUCAUUUCACAGAUUUUCUCCCAUUCCUACUGAUCAUGAUCAACCUAGAUCCCCUCCUAUUCGCCCACCGGAGAAAAGACAACGUGUACCUUCUGCCUACAAUAGAUUUAUCAAGGAGGAGAUCCAAAGGAUAAAGGCAAGCAAUCCUGAUAUUAGCCACAGAGAAGCUUUUAGCACUGCUGCCAAAAAUUGGGCACAUUUCCCUCAUAUCCACUUUGGACUCAAGCUGGAUGGCAACAAACAAACCAAUAAAUUGGAUCAUGCUGUUGCAGGAGAGGGUCCUCAGAAAACCAUUGGUCUAUAUUAAUUAAAUAAUAAAUAAUAUGAUCUAGCUAUAUUAUGAUCACAAAUAUAAUAUAUAUAUAUUAUAUGAUUAUAUAGGUGAGAUAUAUUAUAUAUAUUAUAUUAAUCUCUCCAAACUAAUAAACUGUUUUUAGCUCUUUCAGCAUCAUCCCUUUUAGGGCCUUGGAUUCCUUGUUUUUUUAUUCGUAUUAUAAGUUGUAACUAUUAACUAUGUUUACUCCAAUAAUAUACGCUUGUUGAUUAUUA